CCAUAAUAUUUACCUCCACAACGCCGGUGAAGUAAAGCAGACGGCUGACUUUGACAAACACUUUUCUCUUCUGUAAAACAAGGCGAAAAAUUGCCAUUUCCGUUUGGGCCCUGAUUAAUCUAUUUAUCCCAUAUAUUUUCUGGUCCGUUCUUUUUGACAUCUCAUCGUUUUUCUGAUAAACAACAAUGGAGAAGAAAGGAAGCUCGAAGAUGAAUGUCGCGAUAAUCCAUCCCGAUCUCGGAAUCGGUGGAGCUGAAAGGCUAAUUGUUGAUGCUGCCAUGGAACUUUCUUCUUCGGGGCACAAAGUUCAUAUUUUUACUGCACACCAUGAUAAAAAUCGAUGUUUUGAGGAGACUCUGUCUGGUGUCUUUGGUAUUACAGUAUAUGGUGCUUUCCUUCCCCGCCAUAUCUUCUAUCGGCUCCAUGCAGUAUGUGCAUACUUGCGGUGCAUGUUUGUUGCUCUCUGCUUGUUGUUUAUGUGGCCUUCAUAUGAUGUAAUACUAGCAGAUCAGGUCUCUGUCGUCAUUCCACUAUUGAAAUUAAAGAAGUCCGCAAAGGUUGUAUUCUAUUGCCAUUUUCCAGAUCUCUUGCUGGCACAACAUACAACUAUGCUUAGGAGGCUAUACCGGAAACCUAUUGACUUCAUAGAAGAAAUAACAACAGGAAUGGCAGAUUUGAUCCUGGUUAACAGCAGGUUUACUGCAUCUACUUUUGCAUCAACCUUCAAGAACCUAGAUGCACGUGGGAUUAAACCAGCUGUUUUGUACCCAGCGGUCAAUGUGGAUCAGUUUGAGAAACCUAAUGCUACCAAGCUGAAUUUUCUAUCCAUCAAUCGAUUUGAGAGAAAAAAGAACAUAGAAUUGGCAAUAUCUGCCUUUGCCAUGCUUCACGCCGAUCAUCAAGGAGUUAACAUGAAUGAUGUUUCCUUGACUGUUGCAGGAGGCUUUGAUAAUCGCCUUAGAGAGAAUGUCGAGUAUCUGGAAGAACUGAGAAAGUUGGCAGAAAGGGAAGGUGUUUCUCAGCGGGUCAAAUUCAUCACAUCUUGCUCUACUGCUGAGAGAAAUGCACUCCUUGCCCAAUGCCUAUGCAUUCUUUAUACACCAAAGGAUGAGCAUUUUGGCAUUGUUCCUUUGGAAGCAAUGGCAGCCUAUAAACCUGUUAUUGCCUGCAAUAGUGGUGGUCCGGUGGAGACAGUAAAGCAUGGGGUGACGGGCUACCUCUGUGACCCUAGCCCGCGGGAGUUUGCUUCGGCAAUGUCUAAUUUUAUUCAGGAUCCUCUCAUGGCUGAAAAAAUGGGACGAGAUGCUCGUCAACACGUUGCUGAGUCAUUCUCUACCAAGAUUUUUGGCCAGCAUCUGAAUAGAUAUCUGGUUGAUGUUGCACGAGGUAAGAAGGAAUAGUGUAUCCUUUCAGACUGCUACCUUAAAAGCAGUGGACCUAUUAGGAAGUUGUAGUUAGAUUAACUCCUCAGGGUGAUUGCACUGCACUGAUAGUGAUACAGAAUUAACUCCCAAAAGUUGUGAAGACUGUCCUUUUCUUUUAAUGCUUAUAAAAAGGUUUAGGUUACUUGUUAUUGAACAUAAAAGGAAUAGAAAAUAUUCUUAUUUUUCUGUUCUUC